AUGUCAGAAAGUUCGUAUAUUCAUGAUUUAUUAGAAAGCGAUUCUGAUCUCGAGUCCGAAGUGGAGUUUGUAUCGGAUUUUGAGGAAGAAAUAGAGGAAUUUGAGGACGGCGUAUUGGCGCGAAGUUCAGAAAUCGCUGAGUCAGCUCCCGCGAAUGUCAAUGAAGACGAUAUAACAGAGGAAGGAGCAUACCAGGAUGAACCAAUCGCUAACUCAGAGUGGAUCCAGCAAUACCAAAAACAAAAAGAAGAAGAAGAAGAGUUGGAGUCAGAACUUCGAAGAUGACUUUCAGGAGAAACGACUGUAAACGCGUGGUGCAAGUGUGGACAUUGUAGCCGAACAAAGCUGCAGAAUAUAAGCGAGUGCUAUUACUGCACAGAGCUCGAUGGUUGCGUCACGGCAUUACAAAGCGACCUAGUCAGACAGGAUAUUUCUCGAUCUUCUCGCCAAGCCACUUGCAUUACUGACCAUCCCGGCUUUCGACCUGUCUGCCUCGAGAAAUGGAGCCUCCGUAUGGCUGCCGAUCGUCUAAAAACAAAACAAAAUCAAAGGUAUCGUCAAACUGGAUCAGAAGAUAGAUUUCUAAGCAGUGUUUCAUAUCGUGAAUUCUCACACCUAGUAUAUGGUAUGCUGGGAAAUAAGAGAAUUCCUUUACCAUNAACACUGUAA